UAAGAAGGAACUAGUAGACUUGAGGAAGUUCAGUCUACCACUUCCCAUGUUGUCAGCCAUUUAAAAAAAAAACGGCUGAUACAAGGAAUCAUGAGAUCAUUCAGUGUCUUUCAAGCCGCAGACAUGGACCGGUUGUUUUGGCUGUCUCUCCUGCUCGCCCACCUGUUGGUCACAGCUGGCGAGGAUACAUGUCAUGUCAACAUAUCACAGUCAAACAACAUAAUCUGGAAGAAAAUAGGGGAAGAAGCUGUUUUCAAUUGUACAGUUAUUUCCAAGUGUUCAGUAGAAUUUUACUGGUUCAAAGAGAAUGUCUCUCUACCGCUUCAUAUGAGUAAAAAGUACCAAGGAGAAGCGUCUUUUCAAAUUAAUUCACUUAAAGCGAGUGACAGCGGGAUGUACUUCUGUGCCGCAGCAACUCAGAAUGGGUGCUGCACACCGUUUGUAGGGGAGGGAGCAACUCUUGUAGUGAGAGAAAAUACUAAAACAGUGAUGGGAAAAAUCGUGUCGGUAUCAUUUGUCCUCUUGGCCGUCUACAGCUUGGCUAUAGUGACGCUCAUCAUUCUAAAGAAGUAUGGCUGCAAUAUGAACAUCUGCAGAAAGACAUCCAAAAACGACAAGAAAAACGCAAAUAAAAAAGUACAGUUCCAGGACGUGCUGAAAGAAAUGCACAAGAAGAGAAACAUGGAGAAAAACAAUCAAACAGCAAGCAGAAGCUCUUCUGAAGUUGAGCCCUCGAGCAACGACCUGCAGCAUUCUUCUGAUGACAUCUAUCAAAAUGUCUAAGCUUCAUUCAAGGAAUUGAUGAAUUCAGACCUCCAUCAUCUUGACGGAAAGGAAAUUGUAAAGCCAUUAAACACCAGCUGGAUGAUGCUGUUGAGUCUGAGGAAACAAGCAAGUCUGCAAAGGAUGCAAGUCAUUUGUGCUUCUUAUCUUUUCUCAUGAAAUGAGACAUAAAAACUACAAAACCAGCGUGGACCAGGCGACUAUUUCCUCUCUAAACGUCAAGGCUCUUACACAACCCGCCUCUCACAAAGCAUUCGAAGUUGUGUUGGUCUCCACCGCGCUUCCACAGCUUCCUUGUUGCUCAUAACAACUUUUUCCAAGGAUUUUAUUUUCAGGACUUUCUGCAACACAAAAGGGGGAUAAUUAGACGAUCCACAUUAGAGGAAUUACAUCUGAAUUUCACUUCUACAAAAAGCUAAAUGUUACACCUUUUAUUGCACGAAUCAUUAAUCACGACGAUUACUGGCAGUGAACUGACAUGAAAUGAUAAAGCCAUUUCUCAUUAAA